AUGGAGAAGCGCACGGUCAAACUCUUCCUAUUGCUGACAUACUUGGCUGCACCGUUGCGAACUUACCGUGAGUAUUAUUUCUUUGUCUCUGAACAUGUGAGAAAGUGGAUUUGUGUCCAGUUUAGUAGAGUCAAAUUGACUGUCCGGAUAUAGCAAUAUUGCAAAUGAGUUUUCCAAACAGCAGUUGACGGUUGUACUUAGCAGUAGGUUUUAAAAAUAUAGUUUUGUUUGAUUUCUUGUUCAAAGAAUGUUUUUGUCUUAUAAAUAUGGUGCGUGAUACAACCAUGGCAUCGAACAUCAUCAUCUUGAUCAUAACCUUGAAUGUUUUAAUGUCCUUUAGCUGCAGGAAAUCCUUUAUUUUAGUUGUAGCCUAUCUGCAAAAAACACCCACAACACAUUACGUGUAUUUUAAGGAAUGAGGGUAAUCUAUUUUAUAUCUUUUUACACCAGUAAUCUAAGAAAAUGAAAAGAGUGGAAAUGUUUUCCAUAUUGUUCAGUUUAUAGUGACCUUACUUUAUGUAAUGUGUUAUUCAAUCUCGACCAUGUAACCCCGUCCAUCCUCCUACAAUGGUAGAGCUUCGAGAGGCCACAGUUUUUUGGAAAACGGCCCAGAAAAGUGUGAUCCUGAAGGAGGGGGUGAUGGAGACAGAGGGGGGAGCCUAUGGUUACUUCAAUGACACUCUGCUCAUUAAUGGAUGGGGUGUCUUGGAGGUCCGUGCAGGUCAUGGGGUCCCACAAGAAGAUGAGACCACCUUUUUCCUGGCUGGGUACCUGGAGGGUUAUCUCACUGCAGGGUGAGUCUCCCAAGUGUGGAAGGAAAUUAUAACACAUUGAAUGAGUUUGUUUGUGGUAUUUUACAGAAUUAUUCACUGUGACUUUAAACACCUCAUAUCAUCAUCCUUCUGUUGGGGGUUGUUCUUAAAUGUAUAGUCUGGGUAUACUGCAAUUUUUUGGUUCAUAGCUAAUGAAAAUCAGAAAUCCACUGGUCCAACACUUUGGGACUCCAUUACCACAAAUUACUGCAUUAAUGUGGCCUGGCAUACAGAUGGCACUGGCCAGAUGUAAUUGAACUCUGGUUUUGUAAUUAUUUUUGUGUCAGGGAUUUCUCAUCUUCCUUUUGAUUCAGGGUUCAGGUCUAGUGAGUUAAGUGCUGACUGAAGUAUUUCACAUUAUUUCACUUUUUCGAUACACACCUGUACAGAAGUAAAGUAUAUUUCUGAUGAGUUCUAUAUGAAAUCAGUUUUAUCUUGAUAACAAUCCAGAAGUUCUAAACAGAAUUUAGACCCUCUCUUUAUAUAAGAGAUGCUUUGCUGUGGUGAAAAGUCACAUUUCAAACCUGAUUAUGCUGCAGUAUAGAGUUUAUAAUUGAAAUUCACUCAGCUUUAAAAAUAAAACAAAAGUGCUGCUGUAUUUUUUAACUUCUGCUAUACUGUGAGGUAGUUACAUCAAAAACAACAUGUAACUGUAUGUUUGUAGUUUGGCUGUCUACUGAAAACCGGACACCUCUAAAAAUAAGAUAAUGAAAUUCUUAAAAUAACGAAAGAAAAAAAUGUGCAUUUUGUUAGGGAAAAAUGAGCUCAAUCAAUCCAAUAAUGAAAUUUCUGAUUUUAGGUGACAGUCAAGGCUUAAAUGCUGCUGAGGAACCUUUGGUUUGGGUUUAUUUUGUGUAUAUCUUAAAGCUUUCCGAUCUAGCUCUGUUCUUUUGGUCAGAUGUGUUAUUUAUGAUUAUACACUGUUGAAAUACAACUUAAGGCUGUGUUAAACUUUAAAACUUACCAGAUAGAGACUGCCAGUCUUGUUGUUGAUGGCCUUACAUGCUUUUGUAGGUCAUAAAGAGGCAUCAGUAUAAGUUUUAGUCCUUUCCUCAACCAGUUAAAACACCUCAAUGGAGCUUUAAAAACAUAGUCUUUGAAAACUGAAAAUCUAAAAAGCUAUUUAACAAAUAUACUGGAGCACAGGAGAAUAUUUACCCCAAGGAACAGUGGGGGAGUUACAUAAAAAGGAAAACUUUGCUGCAGUACCAUUUACCGACAAGUGAUUGAGUAAAUGCACUUUGUCAUAUUUAAUUGACUUACAAUAUGACUGUGUUACUGGAACUGUUUCUAUGUUUAAUCAAAAGAAAGAAUUCAAUUCUCACUGUUUUUAUGUUCUCUCUGUAGACAAAUGUUCCAUCACUUCAACAACAUGUACCCUCAGCUCAUAAAAGACGAGAAGGUCUUGAAUCCCCUGAAGAGAUUUUUAAGGUACAGACCUACUUUGAAGUUAAGCCUCUGUGUAUCAGCAGAACUCAGCAGGAUAAAUCCCAUUGUAGUGUUUUCUACCUUACUGAUAUGUUUCUUGGUUUGGGUGCUCACCACUUGUAUUGAAGUUUAUAUCUGAUUGAAGAAUGUGCCAUUUUGAGAUAGUGGAUGAUACUACAACCAGCUUUACCAGCAUUUUCUCACAUAACUACAGUUUGUAUUCAAUUCAAACAUGAAAUCUAUGCCAGCUGCCCAUUAAAGGACACAAAUCUGCAUCUACUCACUGAAUGAUCCAUAGCAAACAGGACCAGUGGGCAAGAGAGCAGGUGAGACUGAGGAGAUCCAGUGACCCCUUGUGGAAGCAUUUGGGACUGAUGCUGGCCCAGCUGGAUGGACUCCACGCUGGCGCCGCACAGUGGGCCAAAAGCAAACAUCAAGAGGUGUGUUAAUAUGAAUUUGUGCGUUGUUGACAAAGCUGUUACUGUAUAUCAUACCGUUCACCUCUGGCACUUGCUCUCUGCUUCCUCCCCAGCCUCUAUCAGCAUUUGCACUUCAGUUUCUGAAUGGUGUCGGUGACAUCCUGGACCUGGUCCCAGCUCUGACACCUCGCUCCAACUCCUCCACAGGCGGCGGGGCUUUCAGGAUGCCAGGAAUGGGCCACUGCACUGCUCUCAUCAAGGUUAGGCCAAGCUCAUUUGGCUCAAGCUGUGAGGGAGCUCUUGGGAGGUCUGAAAGUAGGCCUAAUGAGUAUCUUUGUGGCUCCUUGUGCAUGGGGGUUUUCUCUUUUCAAAAGUGUCAGUAAAGAGCAUCACAGGCCCAUUAGAGGAGAAUAGUUCCCUGUCCACCAACACCCAUUCAGGAAACUGAGAUGAGGGGCAAAUAAAAGACAGGCCAAAGCGAAGCGAUGCUAUCAGCAAACCUGCGUCAUAGUUUCAUUAGUAGGUCAACAUUUUGUUUCUAGUUGAAACAGGAAUGUUAAGGAUGCCUUUGAGUCUUUCAAAAAUGUUGGUUUAAUCAAAUGUUGUUUUUAAAAAAGUGUUUUCAUCUGCUUCAAAAUGAAAAUGUCACUACAUGUGUGAGAUUAACUGUUCAUUCUGUUAAAAUAAAGCAACCUAGUUUAAAUUCAGUCUCUUUUUUUGGUUAAUGAUUACAAACCUGACUGAGAAUCAAAGACCGUUAAGAUAGACGGCAGUUCAGAAAGUUUCUGACAAAGAACAGCCACACACACAAGUGUACAAAAGAGUCAAUAUUUACAACCAAUUUUUACAAUUUAGUAAAGUGUGUAACAUCAGAAUUAAUCAACAAGACCUUGUUCAGUCCACCAAGAUCAUGUGCAGAACACCCACAACCAGAUAUGUCUGCCUCCAGUUUGUUCAACAAGGCUUCAUUUGAAUCUUUUUUUGAGCUUCAACUCUUUCUGUGAUACGUUUACUGAAUUCCCACCAAUUAGCCAAUGUAUUAUUCUACUCAUGGAAAAUAAAGAUCAACCAGUAAAUCCAUGCAAAAAAACAAUGAUAAGGAAGGGCUUUAAAAUUAGUGAUAAACCUCAGUGCUCUGUGUUCAAGUUUACAAAUUAGAUUUAGUUUAACCAAGACAGUGAUAUGAUAAAGACAGCCCUGUAAGACUGAAAUGGCUGAGAUUGUGUUAAAACUAGCCUAGCUACUGGUACAGGAUGGUCAUGCAGAUGUUUAAGUACAUUAUCAGUUUAAUAACAAUACUACCAGAAUGCACAGCCAUGCUAGCAACCCUGUCAGGCACAAUGAUGCUUUGAUUCAAUGCUAGAAAAAGAAGAAGCUUGUUUGCUUGUUGUUUAUUGUCUCAUGAUAAUUGCCACAUUACUUGUUAGCUUUUUAGACACAAUACAGUUAAAGCUAUCCUGUUUUCAGUAUCAACAACUUUGACAAUUUGGCACAGGGUGAAAAAUACGAACAUUAAUGUUGUGCACAUGAUGAGUAAUUUGAUUUUUACGUCUUUCACUCUCUUCUUGUGUCUAAGGUGCUCCCCGGCUUUGAGAACCUGCUGCUGGGUCAUUCGAGCUGGUACACAUACGCUGCCACCAUGCGCAUAUAUAAACACUGGGACUUUAAGGUGUCUGAUACACACUUUGCCAAUGGAAAGAUGUCAUUCAGCAGCUACCCUGGUACACACAAACAUGCUUGGAGUUUAAAUACAUGAACUGGAUUUUGUAAAGUAGCGUGUCAGCCCUCAGCGCAGCAGAAUACAGGAGUCUUUCAAAAGCCCUGAGCCGAGGUGAACAGCUUGUCGUUAAUCCACAUGGUUUCAUUUUCAUCUUGGAAAAUAUAAACAAGACAUGGAGGACUUAACCCAAAUCCUUAAUGAAUAUUCUUCACUGGAUGUAAUUCUUCUGUUAAGCACACAGCUUAGUCCAUGCAGAGAAAACAUCCAUUGUUGCAUUUGUUCAUGUAAAACAGAGCCAGGAUGAGAUGUAUUCCCUCUCUGUAAAGUCUGGGUGGGCUCAGUAGUUUUGAGAGGAAAGAUCUGCAGAGUAGUCCUGAACAUAAAAAUCCUCUAACAGGGUCCAUUGCUAUCAGAACACAAGUGGUUUUGAAAAGCUCUAUUUUUAGUCCAGCAGGCCUAGGACGUCACACUCUUUAAAUGAGGAGGGGAAGUACAGUCUUGCUGUUGUAGAUGGUAUGUGACCCCUGCAGCCUUCUUAAGCUGUUUUCUCUCCCACGGUGUGAUAAUUGAACACAUAACACUGCAUAGUGCUGUCAGAACAAGAAAUAAAGAAAUAUAAAUACUUCAUGUUACAGAAGAUGAAGGGCUGGUGGGAAAAUCCUGCUGCUUGUGGUUAUUAUAUUAUUAACAACAGCAGCAGCAGGAAAUCUAUUUUUAAUAGCAGCAUUAGCAGAGUUAAAAAUUAAAAGCAGCAGUAUUGUAAUGUAAUGGUAAUUGAACAGGUACUAAAAGGAGAGUAAAUAGUUUUUCUGCCUGUAAUAAAUAUUUAAACCAGAGGCUUCAACUGUAAGGGCCUGUGUCCACUAACAGCACUUUGUUGUGCUUGAAGCGCCUUUAACCUCUCUGUCAGAGCACUUCUCAUCUAUUGUUGUGAGGGAAUGAAAGUUGCCUUGCUGUCCCUCUACUUCUUUUAAUAGUUACCAAUAAGUCUGUAUUAUUCACAGCUUAAUAAUUGAUUUUUUAUACAUGAUGAACAGGAAAGAAAACAGUAUUAUCAAAUAGUAGGCCUUUAGAUUUUUUUUUUUUUGCACUGUUCCCUUUUUUUGUCUACUUUAUAGAGGGAGAAAGAAGCAGUGAGCACAACCCUGACAUAUUAAGUUUUAAUGAUGAACAAUCUAGCGUACAGUUUCAGAGGUACACACAGAGCAGAAUCAUUAUUUAUACAGAGGGAUAAUUGUGCGCUGAAGAUCCACUCUGCAUAUUUGCUUCAGUAUGUGUCCCUGCUUGCUACUAGCUGGAUCUGUAGGCUGUUUUGUGCGAAGCAGAUAUAUGUGGGUAUAUCUCAGCUUUCAGCUAUAAAAAACUGCCAACUGCAUCCGAGGAACAACGGGAGAACAGCAGGAUAAAACUGGACAUGAUGAUUUGUUUUGAUUAGGAAGUUUACAGCUCCAGAGUAACCAGCAAUUAAAGCUGUCAGUACAUGCUCAUAAAAAGUCGGGUAUCUCAAUCUGCAGAUAAAGAUAGACAAUGAUGUCACUACAGCUCUGUUUACUUGUCCUCCUCCUCCUCCCUCUACUCCUCCAGGCUUCCUCAUGUCUCUGGAUGACUUCUAUCUUCUUGGGGGCGGCUUGUUGAUGACUCAGACCUCCAUCGAUGUCUUCAACAUCUCUCUGUUCUCCCAGCUCAGCCCUCACAGCCUGCUGGCCUGGCAGAGGGUCCGACUGGCCAACAGCCUGGCACACACGGGAGAGGAAUGGGCGCAAGUCUUCUCCAAAUACAACUCAGGUGAAAACCUGUCAAUUAGGCUGAAUAAUUCCCACUUUAUUAUAUAUUAUAAUGUAAACUUGCUCCACUAUCUUAAAACCAAAGUAAGUACAGGCAUGAUACAGUUGAACUAUGACUCCUUGGUGGCCAGAAAACGGUAGAAAUUUGUGUCAAAGUAAAAUACCUAAAUACUUUUUAUUCAUGAGCAUACUUUUUUUGAAAAACUGUCGGUGUAGAUUUUCACUUUUGUCCCCCCCUGUUGGAGAUUUGAACUUAGCUGCAAAAUGGGGACAGAAAAAGCUUCUUAGAUCCUCUAACCAUCCCAAAUUAUUGAGAUUAGGACUGGAUUAAUUUUAUCAGUGGACCUCUGCAUGUCCCAAAAUAGGGUUGAUGAUUAGGGCUUAGUCAGGGAUCAAAAUCACAGGUGUCCUCUGUAGUUAUUACAAAUGAUCAGAGGUCCACAGGUAUUACUAAUCCUGUGAAAAUAAGGGUUUGGAUUGCAUUUUCAGCUGAAAAGAUGUACUAUUAAUAAAACAUGAAUAUAAGUACGACCUACACAAGUAAAGGCAAAGACCAGUAAAGAGGUAGGACAUAAAAACUCGUAUUAAGUGGUUGCCCAGAUUGAAACAAAAGGAAGCUCUAAACUAGCAUUUCUGUCUGGCUGUUGUCAUGAAAAUCUGUGUAUUCAGCAGUUGUCAGGGCAGAGGACUAAAGAGAGAAAUCUGAAACUCACAGAAAAGCAUUAAAACUCUGCCUGUACAAAAAAAUGAGUGGACAAGUUUCCAUGGAGACUAAGCAGACUCCCAAACACACCAUCCUUAUCAUUACACAACAAUUGUGAGCAUUAAUUGAGCUGCUGCUUUGAUCUUUCACAUCGUGUUGCUAUGGGAGGGCAAAGGAGAACAGGACAGAGUGUUCUUGAUACAGACAAUCCUCUCAUAGCCCAGCAGCCUUUACCCUCAUACUCCCCAUCCUGCCAAAUUGUUGUGGCAGCCUGCAGGCACUUAACACAGGAGCCUCUACUUUACCUUGGCCUUUGUUUUUAUUUCAUCUAAAGUGAGUUUGGUACAGGAUUUAUUGUAUGUGCAAGUCAGUAUCUGGAGCCAUAAGUUAAAUUUGUAUCCUCAAGUAGUCUUAGAUCCUCCAGGCACAUGCAAGACUGUGAAGCAUGCUCCCCGAUGAUAGUUAUAUGCCAAAAACAAUACAGCUGUAACCUGGAUGCGGAGGAACUGGAAGAAUUAGCAAAAUGUGGCUGGGGAAGACCUGUUGGUGACAGUCCAUUUGUCAUAACAGAUUUCCUUAAUGCCCCUAUGAUGCCGUUUCACUCUGGAUAGUUAAAAGUUAAUGGCGAUUCAGUAUCAGUGCACAGCUUAAGAAUAGCACCACUGGCUCAGAGUGAACCACUUGAUGGAUUGCAGUGACAUUUAAUUCAGGUAUCCGUGAUCCCAAGAGGACAAAGAGUACUUUUCAUUCAGAGAUGGCAUUUCACUGUUAACAGCCUCUGCAUUAAACUGAGUUAGGCCUGCAGAUUAACUAAUAUCUUCUCUGCAGCAUCAAAGAGAUUAAAGUGAGCCUCUACACUACAAGCCUUGUUUAAAAAGGAAGAUAUUUCCCCUUUAUUUAUCUUCUGUGUCUCUUUACAAGAACAGAGCAGCUUUUCAGCAACUCUCUGCAGUUUUCAGUUUACAGUUCAUGCUUGAAAAAGGCAGAGUAGAGAGCUUUGAAGAUAAUCCCUACAAGUAGACCCACAUAUUAACUGUGUAUUUGUGAUCAACAUUAGCUUAAUAAAGAUCACUUUUCAAACUUUUACUUUUUAGGCAGUUUUUAGUGCAACAUUUUCUUGUCUUGGAAAAAAAUGCUUCAGAGAGGGAUAAACAGAUGUAUACCUCAUAAGAGGGUGAUUUACUGUGUCUGUAUUUUAGGAACAUACAACAGCCAGUACAUGGUGGUGGACCUGAGCAGGGUCUCUCUUGGUCACAGUAUCAGAAGUGGAGCUCUGACUGUGGUGGAGCAGAUCCCUGGUAAAGUGAUGUACUCUGAUCAGACUCAAGCUCUCCGCAGAGGUAAGAAAAGAAAACCUCUCCUUCCUUUUUGUCUGGGUGUGUCAGAGGAUUGCAGAGGUUCAUGUUUUAGCCAGAUAACAUGGUAAUACUACAUAUCUCUCUGGCAGGUUACUGGCCAUCCUACAAUAUACCCUUUCAUGUUGAAAUCUACAACCUAAGUGGAUACGGUGUAAUGUGGAAGAGAUAUGGAGAAGACUUCUCCUACGACCUUUGCCCACGAGCCAAAAUCCUGCGCAGGGACCAGGCUAAGAUCUUUGACUUGAACUCCCUUAAACACAUGAUGAGAUACAACAGUAGGUCUUACAUUCGAUCUUUUAUUACUCUCAUAACUUUUAGUAAACUCAAAGAAACACAGAAAGAUAGGAGUCAUUUUUACAGUUUGAAGCAGCGAGACUCAAAGUCAGAGUGGUUUUGUUUCAGACUACAAAAGAGAUCCCUACUCUAAGGGCCACCCGUGUAAAACCAUCUGCUGUCGUAAUGACCUGAGACCAAGAAGACCUCGACCAGGGGGUUGCUAUGACACCAAGGUAAGAUGUCAUCAGUGUAUUAAUGAGGGAGUUAAGUUUGAUAUAAGAACUUUAGUAGAGGAGAAAUGUCUUUUGAAAGUUAGCGAUCCCAAAAGACAUUUGGAUCUAUCAUCUGUGGGUACAGGUAUCGCACAAUAUCUCUGCCUCUGAGACCAGAAACAAAUUCAGUUACAGUGUCCUGUCAAACACUGUAUUUAACAGAUUGACCUAUAUUUGGUUGGAGUUGCUAAACUGGGAACAAUUGAGUUUGUAUUGAGACUAUUUCCACUCUAAAGAAAAGGAAAAAAUUGCAAAAAGACUGAGUCAUUUUUGUUCCUGGCUCUCCAAAGGUCAGGUUAAAUAUUGUCACCUAUUUCAAAAUGUCAAGAGGUCCACAUUAUGAUGCACUCAAGCAUUACAGUAUAUUGUGGCACAUGCAUAGAAUAACUCAUCUUUAUAAAUGGCAGCAGAAAUAUCUCCAUUGACGUACACAACCUCUAUCUAAAGGCCAGAUUCAAAUACCGUGUUUCUUCCUGUUGCUCACCCUUCCCUUUGUGACGUCUUUAACCAUUUUCAUCUCAUGAUGCAGGUGACCAACUACCAGAUGGCUGUCCAGCUGGUUGCCGAGGCAAUAAACGGCCCAACAACGCAGGGGGGGCUGCGUCCAUUCUCAUGGCAAUCCUUCAACUUCUCGAGUCACCAGGGUCUCCCACUCACCUAUAACUUUCCCUUCGUGACCAUGAGGCCCACACUGUAUCAACCCUGA